AUGCGUUUUUCCUCGAUGGCGCGCUGUGCCUCGGCCGGCGGCUGCAGCCUCAGCGGCCGCUUGGCGGCGUUGGCGCAGCGCGUCGAGGAGCAUAUAGCGUCGCGCGGCACUGCGGCCGCGGCACACGACGACGGUCUCUGGGAGCAGGUGUUGUCCACCGCCCACUGUGCCCGGGCCCUGAAGGAGACGGACACGGCGUUGGCCGUUGUGUUUCGGCUGCUGCGCUGCGGAUGCCGUCCGUCGUUGAAAGCCGUGUGGCCGGGGCUCAUUCGUGACCUGGCGCCGUACAGCGACAUUGAGGCGAACGCCGUGCUCGCCUACCCUGGCGUGCCGGAAGGGCCCUGCAGCCGGCGCGGGGUCGGCCCCGUUCCGCACGCUGGAGGCCCGGAAGAGGCGCCUGCGCUGGGGUCGGAGACGGAGAUGGCGGACAUGCCGCCGCUGCUGCGUCCCACGCGCGAGACGUUGUUGAUGACGGGCGGCGUUGUGCCGCUAAGCGCGCGGGUGCCGUGCAGUGACGGUGGGGCACUCAGCGUUUUAAUUGAGGCGUUUUGUGGCGCCUGUGACGCGGCGGAAGGCGGCGCAAAUGAGCCGACCGCCGCGUAUUUACAGGAGGUGGCGGCUGCUGUUGUGUCCGCGCUGCAGCCGAUCAGCGCGACGAUGCUCCUGACGGAGUCGAGCCCACUGGCGAGGGCGCUCGUGCGUUUUUUCCGACUGCUGCUUCAGUUCUCCACGCGGCAGCCGGGGGAGCAGCCGCGGCUCGCGGAGCACUUCGCGAAGGGGCUGACGAAGCUGCUGCCGGACAACGCGCUGGGGGCGCGAAUAGUGCUGCUUUUCCUCGCCGAGCGGCACGCGGAGUUUGGCGAGGAGAUGGUCCAGCUGCCGCUGGUGCGCCUCGCGGCGAGGGCGGUUCGGCGGCACUAUGAGAAGCACGAAAACUUUUCGUGUCUGCGGCAGCUGCAGGACGUGAGCGAGGCGGUGGAUGUCACGCUGCAGCGGAAUGCAAACAGCGGCAACCCGCUCGCGGUGGACGCGGCGGACGAGGCGGCGCUUCGGUUGCUGUUGUCCCUCGCGUUGCUCCGAGCCAUGCGCGUGGAGGCCGCGUCCCCCGACGUUUUCUUAGGCGACGCCGUUGAUAUCGUCGAUCGCGCCCCCAUGACGCUUUCUAUAGAGUACGAGCUGAUCGUGGCCAAGGUGCAGCUGCUGGGCCUCUUCCUCGACGACGCGUCCAGCUCAGGCGCCAUCUACGACGAUCUGCUGCAGUCGCUGCGCGCCAUUGUGGAGCUGCGCCCGCGCGAGGGCGUUGACGGUGACACAGCUGCCGCCACCGACGCGACGCAGCAAGUGAGCGGGGAGGCGGCGGGAGAGGCAGAAGAGGAGGAAGAAAGGAAGGCGUUGGAGCGGCAGCAGUUUCAGGAGGCCCACCGGCUUGUGCUGACCGCCUUUGCCCGCUCCCAGCUGGAGGAGCGCCUCAACCAGGCCUACACCAUCCUGGUGACCCACAAGUACCACGGCCUGGUCAUCACCAAGGACGCGGUCAAUCCGCUCUUGGAUGCCCUUAGCCGCCGCGGCGACUGUCGUGUUUUCAACAUCGUCGACCUGUGCGUCUUGUAUAGCGGCAGCCACAUUGACUACGACACCCUCAUCUACCUUUUUAGGGCCUGCCGCGUGGCCCGUGACUUUUACCGCGCCCGCACCCUCUACCAGCUGCUGCGAGAGAUGAUACCGGGGUUCCUGCUUCGGGCACCGGAGGCCAUCAAGGACGCCCUGCAGGAGCUGAAGAUACUGCCGCCGGAGCCGGCCCAUUUGUUUCCCGCGUCCCUUGCGGUAGAUGGCGAUGAAGCGGCCGCGGCUGUCACGUAUGAAGGCGUCCUGGCGGACGAGGCGUUGACCGCAUGCCAACGCGGGCCUAUUCGAGAGCUGCCAACAACGCACACCCACACACUCUCUUGA